AUGGCCGAUUCUACAGGUGUUGAUGAAAUAAAAGCCGCCGUACAGCUAUGUCUCAUUCAACGUCAAGGCCUUUACCAAAAUGUUACUGCAUUCUCCAUGCACUUUGAGGACAAUGAUACUGGAGCCUCCAGGGCCUUCAACAAUUUCAAGGACCUUGCCUCGAUAUUUGGAAUCUCGAAUGUUGAGGAAUGCAUCAUUAGCGCCCACGAUAAAAUGCCAGGCUGGGCUGUUAUUGGACGCUUGGUAGCUCAUCUGUCGGCUGCCAUUCAGAACUGUUCUCCUGACUCUCCCGAGAGGUGCCUUGUUCUGAUACAUUACGCCGGCCAUGGUGUCAGUGACGAUAUACUACGGGGCUGA